CUUUUAAUUCUUACUCCCUUCUUCGCUUCUCUCCUCCAUUCAACAAUUCUUCCUUUGAUUUUUCAAUGAAACUUAAGGGUCUCCGAGCUGGGCUGUUGUUGUCUGUUUGGCUAUCUGGGUUUCUCCUAAUCGCUCUCUCCUUCUACGGAACUCAGCUUCUAUCUCCUUCUCUCGAUCACCGAUUCAGAGACGCUUCGUUUUCUCGCGAUUCCGUUGCUCCCAGAAUCACCAUUUUCACUGCUCUCGAUGGCUCCUCCUCCUUCGAAGAAGGUAGCCAAGCUUUAUUGGCUGUUCGUUCAUGGUUCGCUUUGUCUUCACAAAUCACUGUUGUUUUGUUCACUCAGCACAACUCUUCUGCUUCUGCCGACAAAUUUAGUUCCCGUCUUCUUCUUGAUUCCACCAUCGAUUUCACGUUUCUUGGUACUCCGUUUUUACACUCAAUGCUGGCGAGAAGUGAAGCUUAUAUAUCCGAUAUAGCUGUUCUGAUGGAUCCAGAGACUGUUCUUUUGCCAGAUUUCAUUUCCACUUUGAAUUACGCUCACGAGCUUGAUCGGGAUUGGCUUCUCGUUUCUUCAUCAGUAGAUAUUCCCCAUUUCCCGUUCCAUUGGGACGAAACAGGACAUUUCUGGCGUCAGGACAACAAUGGGAAAAGGGUGAGAUUUGGUGAGUUGCAGAAGAUGAUAAGUUUGCGGAGUUGGCAUUCCAACUCUAGUGAAGGCAAAAUGAUUAUGGCAUGGAACAACCUUGAUGUGCCUUUGCACUGUGGAGUCCUUCCACCGUUUUUGUAUCAAAGAGGAACUCACAAUCAAUGGAUCAUCAACGAGGUUAUGUCAUGUAAGAAAAGGUUUGUCUUUGACGCCACUCCGACCAUAUCGAGCUUUUAUCUACGCAAUGCAGUGAACAAGUAUAAUAGUAGCAGUGAUAAUGUCUCACAAGCCAAAACAAGAAACUGGGAAUCUAUAGGAAACUCCCAUCUCGGGCAGCUCUACGGCUCAUUGUUCUUCAGUGGCAACAAGUCUUGUACUUUACCAAAGCUUUUGAAGUGUAACAAGCGGUAUAUGUUUACUAAAGCUUCAGAUCGUUCCAUUGAUUUGUCUAUACAUAAAGGGAAGAUUGGCUCAAAUAUAGGCUUUCGAAGGCGAGAGAAGAUCUCAGCUUGUAUCAGCAGAACUAAAUCGAGAAGAUUAAGAUUAGAUUUUGUGCAGAAAGAUCAGGCAUUGCCAGUAUUGAAGUUUCCUUUUGACCUUAAGUCUCUUCUCCCAUUAGUUGCAGACAAGAACAGGACUGUUGUUCUUUCAAUUGCUGGGUUUAGCUACAAGGACAUGAUGAUGAGUUGGGUCUGCAGGUUACGCCGCCUCGGAGUUCCAAAUUUCUUAGUCUGUGCACUUGAUGAGGAAACUUAUCAGUUUUCUAUUUUGCAGGGUCUGCCUGUUUUCAUCGAUCCAUAUGCUCCGAAGAACAUAAGCUUCAAUGAUUGCCACUUUGGAUCAAAGUGUUUCCAGAGAGUGACCAAAGUUAAAUCAAGAACUGUUUUGAAGAUACUCAAGCUCGGCUAUAACGUUCUCUUGAGCGAUGUCGAUGUAUAUUGGUUCAGAAACCCGUUGCCUCUGCUUUCUUCUUUCGGUCCUUCUGUUCUUGCCGCACAAUCCGAUGAAUACAACACAACAGCACCUAUAAACCGACCAAGGCGCUUAAACUCGGGAUUCUACUUUGCUCGUUCCGAUGAAGUGACAAUAGCAGCAAUGGAGAAAGUGGUGAAGCAUGCUUCGACCUCCGGUUUAUCGGAGCAGCCUAGCUUUUAUGACACGUUAUGUGGAGAAGGAGGAAUCCAUCGUUUGGGAGAUGAUAAAUGCGUUGAACCAGAGACGAAUCUGACCGUUCGUUUCUUGGACAGAGACUUGUUCCCGAACGGUGCUUACGGAGAUCUGUGGCUAAAGGAAGAUGUUAGAGCAGAGUGUGAGAAGAAGCAUUGCUACGUUCUACACAAUAACUGGAUCAGUGGGAGAUUAAAGAAACUUGAACGCCAAAUGAUGAAAGGUCUCUGGGAGUAUGAAACAUCCAUGAGGAUGUGUGUGUAGAGUAGAGAUGAUUCAAAUGCUCUUAAGUUUUGGAUAUAGUUAUAUAGUCUUAUAGAAAAUAUAUUUAUUUAUUGUAUUGUUUUAUGAAAUAGUUUUAGGAAUAUGAACAUGUAAACUGCAAUAAUCUGAGAUGAAAGAAUAUUAUUGAUUUAUUAAUAAGAGGAUGGAUUUACUUGUAUUUUU